UUACGUCAACGAACCAUUUGUAGGUAGUUUAGUGUGUCUGUUGUGAUUUAGGGCAUCGUUUCUGUUUGUUUGUUUGUAGAAGCGGUGUGAGAUUCAUUUCAUAAUUCUUGUAGCAAGCGACUUUUUUUUUUCCUGGCAUGCUAACUCAGAUGGUGGUAGUGUGAAGGGCGCUGCUUUGGUCUGAGAAGUAAACGUUUACAUUUUGUGCAUUUAAAUCGCUGGACAGAAGUUGAAUUGCGGAAGCGAUUAAUUUGUUCGCGCACUUGGCAGUUGCGAAAUAUGAGCUGUAUUAUGCAUUUAUGACCUUUUAUAAGUUGCUUAACCAGAGUAGAAUUUAUAAGUUGCUUAACUAGAAUGACAUUUUUACUUUUAUAUGAAAUAAUACUCAGAUAAAUAUAUUACUUUCAUACGUACAUAACUUUUGGUUUUUAAACCUAGUUUUUUGUUUUUGCUAAUAUUUAAUUUUCAAAAUUUAGUCACCAUGCGAACUUCACUGAAAUUAUUUAAAGACAUUUCUAAGAUGCUGGACUUUUACUCUCAAUUUAAUCCUUCACCUUUAUCAAUUAAGCAAUUUCUCGAUUUUGGUCGCCAGGCAUGUGAAAAGACUUCAUUUAUCUUUUUAAGAAAAGAACUUCCUGUUCGUUUGGCAAAUAUAAUGAAGGAAAUACAGCUAUUACCAGAAAAUUUACUACAGAUGCCCUCAGUAGCAUUAGUUCAAAGCUGGUAUGAAAAAAGUUUUGAAGAAAUUCUUGUGUAUGAAAAAGUAGAUGCAAAUAAUGAAAAGAUUUUAGAAAACUUUUGUGAACGUCUGAUCAAAAUUCACAACCGCCAUAAUGAUGUAGUUCCUACCAUGGCUCAAGGAGUAAUUGAGCUGAAGGAAUUACAUCAGUUAGAUCAACAAACCGAACACAGUAUACAGUAUUUUUUGGAUAGAUUUUAUAUGAGUCGUAUUUCUAUACGAAUGCUUAUCAAUCAACACACUUCUUUGUUUGGUUCAAAUCUUAAUGGCCAUCCUCGCCAUAUAGGGUGCAUUGAUCCAAGCUGUCGUGUGACUGCAGUCUUAAAUGAUGCAUAUGAAAAUGCAAAGUUUCUCUGUGAUCAGUAUUAUAUGGCAUCGCCUGGUGUUGAAGUUGUUGAGCAUUGUGCCCUAGAUCCAGGUUCCCCUAUAUCAGUUGUGUAUGUACCAGCACACCUGUAUCAUAUGCUGUUUGAACUGUUUAAAAAUGCUAUGAGAGCUGUCGUUGAACAUUAUGGGAGCUCGGCCGAUAAUUUUCCUCCAAUUCAAGUGUUAGUUGCACUUGGGAAAGAAGAUCUGACCAUUAAAAUGUCUGAUAGAGGUGGGGGAAUACCACGCUCUCUUACCGAUGUUUUAUUUCAAUACAUGUAUUCUACGGCUCCGAAGCCUUCAGCAUCAGUAGAAUCAUCGUCUGCUCCACUGGCUGGAUAUGGGUAUGGAUUACCGUUAUCUAGAUUAUAUGCUCGAUAUUUUCAAGGAGAUUUAAUUAUAACAUCUGCCGAAGGUUAUGGAACGGAUGCAAUAAUAUAUCUUAAGGCCCUGUCAAAUGAAGCAAAUGAGUUACUUCCAGUUUUUAAUAAAACUUCAACUAAACAUUAUCGGGCUUCAGUUGGUACUCAUGAUUGGAGUACACCGUCUCCUUACCCAUCUGUGAACCAACAACUCGGUAUGAGACAGUUUACUACCUACAACCAAAAAAAGAAGAUGUCUGUUAGUUGAAGGUGUUGAUUGAUAGGUUAGAAAUAGCUAUGCUAUUUAAUAUGUAUGGCGCGAGUUA